UCUCUCUCUGUGAUGGCGUCUUCUCCACUAUUGCACUCUUCUUCCUUCUCCUUCCAAUGCAAACCCUCUCCUCCACACCCACUGCACAAAUCCAUCUUCAUAAUCAACGCUCACUCUAAACCUGGAUCCUCCACGCCCCUCUCUCACAACAACAACAACAAUAACAAGAACAACCCCCCCUCGCCGCCACUCCCACCGGUGGUUCCAAAAAACCGCCGCCCUGCCGACGAGAACAUCCGCGAUGAGGCUCGCCGCAAAUCUGUGACUUACACCCCUCAAUUCUCCGCCAAGUACGUCCCCUUUAAUGCCGAUCCUUCAUCCACAGAAUCCUACUCUCUCGACGAGAUCGUGUAUCGGUCCCAAUCUGGUGGGCUUCUUGAUGUUCAGCACGACAUGGAAGCUCUGAAGAAGUACGAUGGUCAGUACUGGAGAUCCCUGUUUGACUCUCGUGUGGGUAAAACCACAUGGCCUUACGGCUCCGGUGUUUGGAGCAAGAAGGAAUGGGUGUUACCCGAGAUCGACAGUGACGAUAUCGUGAGUGCAUUCGAAGGAAACUCGAAUCUCUUCUGGGCUGAACGUUUUGGCAAGCAAUUUCUAGGCAUGAACGAUUUGUGGGUCAAGCACUGUGGGAUCAGCCAUACUGGGAGUUUCAAAGAUCUGGGUAUGACUGUUUUGGUGAGCCAAGUUAACAGGUUGAAAAAAAUGAAUCGUCCUGUCGUGGGUGUUGGUUGUGCUUCCACGGGGGACACCUCUGCUGCUUUAUCUGCUUAUUGUGCUUCUGCAGGAAUCCCAUCAAUUGUGUUUUUGCCUUCAAAUAGGAUUUCCAUUGCUCAACUGGUCCAGCCAAUUGCAAAUGGUGCAUUUGUGUUGAGCCUUGAUACAGAUUUUGAUGGAUGUAUGCAUUUGAUUAGGGAAGUUACUGCUGAGUUACCUAUAUACUUGGCCAAUUCUCUGAACAGCUUGAGACUAGAAGGGCAGAAAACUGCAGCUAUUGAGAUUUUGCAGCAGUUUAAUUGGCAAGUACCUGAUUGGGUUAUAGUGCCAGGAGGGAAUCUUGGAAACAUCUAUGCAUUCUAUAAAGGAUUUCACAUGUGCAAAGAGUUAGGACUAGUUGAUAGGAUUCCGAGGCUUGUUUGUGCUCAAGCCGCAAAUGCUAAUCCUCUCUAUCUCUACUUCAAGUCAGGGUGGAAAGAAUUCAAGCCUGUAAAGGCCAACACUACAUUUGCGUCUGCCAUACAAAUUGGUGAUCCUGUUUCAAUAGAUAGAGCUGUUUAUGCUCUGAAGAACUCAAAUGGCAUUGUUGAGGAAGCGACAGAAGAAGAACUAAUGGAUGCUAUGGCCCAAGCAGAUUCUACUGGCAUGUUCAUAUGUCCUCAUACCGGGGUUGCUUUGACCUCAUUGAUUAAAUUAAGGAAAAGGGGGGUCAUAGGGCCUACGGAUAGGACUGUGGUAGUCAGUACUGCUCAUGGGUUGAAGUUUACACAAUCAAAAAUUGAUUACCAUUCAACAGAUAUCAAGGACAUGGCUUGCAAAUUAGCUAAUCCACCAGUGCAAGUGAAGGCGGAUUUCGGGUCAGUUAUGGAUGUCUUGAAGAAAUAUUUGCUAAGCAAGGCGCCAAAACAAUAGUUCUUGUUGCUUGGCGUUUUGGAAGAAUCUUCAUCUCGUCAAGCAUAAGCUCACCAUGGAUCAAUGAAUGUUGACUUCUGUGAAAUGAGGGAGGAGAGAAUCAUGCAAGCCCUAGUGAGCCAAGCGGAGAAAAAGAUUUCUUGGUCGUUGAAGGCAUUAUAUUAACAUGAGUGCUGGGCUCUCAGGAAAAGAAGUUUCCAUUUGUGUUUUUUUGGUGGGACGCAAAGACAGUGAUAUUAAAAAGAUGGAGUAAAUCUACAGGUCAGCAAAUAUAGUAGGACUAAAACGGCCAUUAAGAAACCUGAAAAAACAAUAAUAGUAAACAACUUUAAGAAUCGGUGAAGAAAAAGCAAGGAGCAUGGAUAGAAUAUCCAGCUGUGCUAUGUUGCAGAGAGAGGUAUUCCUGUUAUCAGGAUGUAUAAAAAUCUUCUGAAAGCAGAUGAUAUGCAAGGCAGGCUUUUCAAGAGAAUGUGGGGGAGCCGAGUUGAGGAUCCAACUGAUAGCAGCCCUGAAGCGUAGCUUGAUGAAAUUAUGAACCGAUCUCCUUUUCCGGCAGAUUUGUUGCAAGGACGAUCCCUGAUAGCAUAUGACCGCAUGACAGUAUAAUUGCCUUUGCAUUUUCCUUUUCUGGAGGAUUUUGGUCCAACCAGUAUCAUUCAGAGUCAUGGAUUGGUAAGUUUCAAUUUAUGUUUUAGAAUCGAUAUAAAACAGCUGUAUUUCAGCUGCAUAAUUCUAUAUCAAUAUUAUAUAUAAUAAGGUUUGACUAACUAACAAAAGUUAGUUCAAUUGGUAA